GAAGCUUGCGAAGAAAAAGCUCGCGAUAUGGAAGUAGAUGGCACUGCGCAAGAUGAUGAGAUUCCUAGUACUGAAGGAGUUGAGCUAGCAGGGGAGGAAGUUCAAAAAAAAAAAAAAGAGGACCUACAAAGUUGCGUAGAGUGGCUGAUAAUCCCAAUGAUAAGAUUAUGGUCACAUUCAAUGACAUUGAUGAGCAUGUUGGACCUGGUUCAGUAACCCUAUCGUCGUUUCUUGGUCCUCUUGUGAGGGAACAUGUUCCGGUUACACUUGCCGAUUGGAGAAAACUUGAUGCAGCGACUAAAGCAACAAUGUGGGAAGAAAUUCAGGGGAGGUUUAACUUGCAAGAAGAGUGGCAGAAAGCUGUUAUUUUCAAGCAGCUGGGAAAUGUGUGGAGGGCUGGGAAGUCAAGGCUGGUGUCACAAGUACGUGUGGCGAAGACUGCAGCUGAGAGAAUAGCUUUAAAACCGAGCAACAUCCCAUCCCUUCAACUGUGGAACACUUGGGUUAAGAGUAAGACUACCAAAUCUUUCACAGAAACGAGUAACAAGUACAGAGCGAUGAGAAGAAAUCAGAUUCCUCACACCACCAGCCGCAAAGGAAUGCUUCGUUUAGCUGAUGAUAUGGUAAAAGAGUAGUCAAACAUCUACAUAUUGUAGAUCAGCUUGUUAGAUUAAAAUGGUAGUGAGAUAUGUUUGUUUUCAUAUAGAAAAAAAAAGAGUAAAGACCCAAGUAAGGUGAGUAGAUCCAAGGUUUGGAUUGCGGGACACACUCAUGCUGAUGGCAGACCUGUGAAGCCCCAGUUUGCUGAGACUAUUGAACAAAUACAGUCACUUGACAGUCGGAUGGACUCCACAUCAGCUGCUGAUAACAUAAGGGAAGAUGCUGUGAGCAAGGUUUUGGGAAAAGACAAACCUGGACGAGUAAGGGGCUUUGGUAGAGGGAUUACAGCUAAUAAGCUAGCAUAUCUGCAAUUUAGAGACGCUAAGAUUGCAGAAAUGAAAAGUGAGAUUGAAGAGUUAAAGGGGAUGGUGCGAGAAUUAGCUGAGAAGAAGAAAAGUAAUGUUGAUGCUGAAACAUCUGAGAGUAGUGGUGGAUUCAAAGAAGGAGUCAGAGUACAAAUACUGGAUUGGAUUGAAUCAGAGGAUGUUGUUGUUGGUGAAGGAGAAUUCUGCUCUGCUGAACCGAAGUACAAAAUUGGUCGUAUACCAAUUGGUCCUAAUGCAGUGGCUAUCGUAGUUAAGUAUGCACUAAGCGCAUCAGCUUCACUCUGGAGGCCUACUACGGAUGUGUUAACUCUUGAUGAAGCUGUGGGAUACAAGAUAUCUUGGCCAAUGGAUAAAGUGAUUUUGGAUAAGGAUCCAAACUGUUCUGAAGAUUUAUCUAUGCAAAGCAAGGAAGGUGAAUAUCGAAGAUGCAAGAUAUAUGAUUGGACCAAUGAUGAGGACGAGGUCAUUGCUGAAGGUCUCGUGUGCUCUUCAAAAUCCAAAGACAUGGUUAACAACAUACCUCUGGGUCCCAAUGCUGUUAGUGUCGAAGUAGUGAAGGUGUUCAAUGAUCAAGCAUAUUUGUGGAGGCCAACCGCUGAUAUGUUCUUGAUUGGUGAUGCACUUAGCGAGAAAAUAGCAUGGCCAGUCCUAAAGGUUGAAGUCAUGCCUACACCUGCUACAGAAGUAACACCAACUAAAUGUGCAGGGAAGAAAAUAGCAUCACCUUCGAAGCCAGCCAAGAAAAAAGCAGUGAGUCCAGGCAGCACUAGUUCGACCAGAAGUCCGAAGCAGAAGUGCACUCUCUUGGAUUGCAACAACUCUGGACGUAAGGUAGCUGAAGGAAGGGUAGCUUCAACGGAUCCGAAUGAGUUGUGCCACUUUGUACCCCUAGGUCCAAAUGCAAGCAAGGUGUGGAUUGAUGUGGCUAAGAUCGGUGAUGCAAAAGUCUGGAGGCCAAAUUCAGAGAUUGAAUACAUAUCAGAUGCAAUGGGUUCGGUUGUGGCAUGGCCAAAUGACAAAAUCAAGUUUGUCUAA